UCAGACUUUAUAUGUCAGAACUCAGAUUUUGUUCUCCUUGCGACACACAACCACUAGAUGGCGACAUCUGACCGCAGUAUGUGAACCACACAACGUGCUGCAUCAUUUACUGCGCUCUUUCAGCCUAUUGCAGCAUCUCUGGCUACAGGCAAGGGUAUGUCGGAACUUAGAAACCACCUCCAAGCUGACAUAUCACAAGGGUGAUUUAUACUUAUAACUAUAGCUGUGUUGUCAUUUACUUUAACCAAGAACUUCUAGUAACUCUAUAAUCAGAAUUGAUGAAGUAAUGAUAAAACUCUUCAGACCUGGAUGAGAAUGAGCAAAAACUUCUUUAUUGUAGACAAUCAGCCAUCCAUUCCAUUGAGCUCAAGAAAUCAAAUCACUAAGUCAAAAAAAGGAACAAAUGAAAACUCAAAAAGAGCAUUCACAUGUAAAACAAAAACUCAAAGUAUCAAAAGAAUGAAAAAGCUGCAGCACUCAAAAAUAGGUUCACCGUCUGAACUGCCCCACGAAAAGAACUGCGUACUUCCCCAUAAAAGUCCCCUCAAUAUAUACCCUGGCGCUUCUAAGCGCCUCCUUCCUCCUAAGUUGUUCUCUGGGGCCCCGCCUAGUUAUUUACAUGUUUCUUCUGAAAUCCCCUUAUUUCCCCGAAUUGCCUCAUACGCCCUUUAGUGACUUCAUAUCCUGCCUUUCUGAAUUCCCCUUAUUUUCCAGAAUCAUCACCUGACCCUUACUCAUGUGCCCAAAUAUGGAUUUUCCUUCUCCCGUAUUUUCCGAUUAUUUUCGGCCUUUCUCGUCAUUGUUAUUAAAAAAAUGAGCUCAAGAGAGCUUUACUUCCUUAUUCUUAUCACAUUUAUCGCUCAGCCUUUCAUGACAGACGUCUCGUGGAUUAGUCCUCUUGUCAGCUAUAAUGAAUUCUCGGCCUCAGGGUCAGCCAAUUCGUCCUGGUCACACCAUCUGGAUUUCUCGGUCUACUCCCUAUAGGAGGCCUGUUCCUGCUGAGGUCAUAACCAGCUAUCGCCGUUAUCAGCUGCGUCAUCUUACUCAGGAGUUCUGCUCUUUCCUGGAACAUCUAUAUUCCUCCCCACUUCCUGAGCAGCCUCUCUUGCUGUCUCACAUUGUACAGACACCUCUGACACAUACUUCUUCCACUCAAACCUCUCUGCCUCCCAUCCUGGUGGACCAAAGGACACAAACUGAUGGUUGUCCUCAUGCUGAACCCUGUUGCCCUAGGCUGACAACUCCUGCCUCUCCUCCUCGUACAUCCUCUCCCCCUGUUGCCUAUAUUCGCCCUUUGGCGGCUCCUUCCUCUCCUUCUCGUCUCACCUCUCCUCCUUUUGGCUACAUUCACUCCCUUUCGUCCAGUCCAGCCUCCUCUCCCUCUUACUCUGAGCCUGGUUCCCCAGGCUUUGUUCCUUUCUCCCCUUCUCCUAGGCCUGGGUCCCCAGACUACACUCCUACCUCUCCCAGGCCUGAUAGCUCUGGGUCUCCUUAUUUUUACUAAUUAUAUCUGUAAUAAACUCCUUCUUUCCUUUCUAUAGUCUCUGAGUGGUUCAUUUGUUUAUUAUAACACUUACAUUUACCCUAUUAUGACAUCUGGGCUCUUAUGCCCAUAUAUCUUAUGAUACCAACCAUAAUAAGCCUUAAUUAUGCUUCCUUGGGGCGUCUCUAGUAUAUCAAUCGAUUUUUCACAACAUCAGGUACACACACACACACACACACACACACACACACACACACACACACAC